GUUUUGUUUUGCUGCCAUCUGUCGGCAGGUGUAAGCAGCUCUUAAUCAGCAACAUUCUGGCAAAUUAGCUUUAGCAUUCACGUUAAACUUGUCCGUUUCUGCAUAAAAUAAUGAAUCGUAUGAAUAAAAAUCCGUUUAACCCCUCAUUAAUACCCCAAACAACUGUUUCAGGGUUCAAACAGAUGCCGUCUUCAAGAGUACCCCAGCACUUCAUAGAGGCCAUGAAACGGAUAUCUGGAACAUCUGACGUGGCUCCUAAGGCUCAACCAAAGAAAGAGGAUGGAAUUGCAAAAUGGAAGUCGUCAUUCAAACCACUCGAACAGGGACAAAAGCACAAAAGUUUUCAGGACGAAACCACAAACAGUGAGAGGACUGAGCUUUAUGACCCAAGCAAUCCUCUGUCAUCAGAUUCUGAGCCUGAGAUGCCACAAAGUAAAGACCACAAACUCUCCCCACCCAAACAGGAUAACAAGAGAUGUCAGCAGUUGUCACCAGACACAGAGCAUCCUGACAAGAGACCUUGGGAGUCAUCCCGGUCUGAGUUAACGAGCCGACCCCUAGACAGACGAGAAUUUAAUGCUGGAACCAAACCCUUGGAGAGCCGAGCUCUCAUUCCAGGACAUUUACUCCCUGAAAGACAUCAUCACAGCCCAGAAGCUGAACCACUCAGUUGUCCAGGUUAUGACUUUGCAAGUAAACCCCUGGACCAAAUUGGGCACAGUCCUGACAGCUAUGAUCCCAACCCCUCCACCCAACACUUUCCAGCAUCUUAUGGAGGACCAUCCACCAAUGGGCAGGAGAGGAUUACAGAGCCUGAAUAUAGGAAAGAGAUGCUCCAUUCACUUGGCGCAUCCCCACCCAGGUUAAAGCGGGAUUAUCCACAUCAUUCGAGACAUAUGGAGACAGGACUGGACCAAGACCAACCUUCCAGAAAGGUGCCAAGAAAAGAGGGCAAAAUGAUAAAAAUGGAAAAUUGUCCCAUCACCUGUGAUCUUUGUGACAUUAUGCUGGCCAAUGCGGAGGAGCUGGAGGAUCAUCUGGACAGCAGGAGCCACUGGGACACUCUGGAGCACAUUCAACAGAGCAAUCACUAUGAUGAUCUGGUCAUAGCAUUCCUGCAGGAAGUCAUGAUGUAUAAAAGCCAACAUUGUAGUCGGGCCAUAGAGGACAGCGCUCUUCAUGCUCUGCAGGAAAAUGACCACAUGAUAAAAGUGGGACUGUUUCAUUGUGCUGCUUGCAAAGUCUACAUAUCCACAUCUGCAGCAGACGUUCAGGCUCACAUCACGUCUCAGGAACACCUCUUUAACACGAAGGAGUUUGAAGAGUGGCAGAGACGUUCUUGCCUCAGCAAAGCAGAAACUAUGAUUAAGGAGCUUAAACCACAGCUUGAAAACUUCCUGAAGGGUGGCAGCCCAUUUGAAAGAAACUAUUGAAAGCCUCCUGAACAAACAUCUCUUCAUAUGAAAAACAUGUGACAUCAUUACACAGUUAAUUUUUUUGGCUCCUACAUCGUCUCAACUUCGUCACAUAAAGAAAAUAAAAUUUAGUCAUUUAAAUUUAAAUGAUUUCAGUUUCACUUGUAAUCUUUUGUAACAUGAAUACAGAAAUGAUUAGAAAAAGUCAACAUG